GCGGGAUUACUGGGAGGAAGUGGUGGCAGCCGGGGGGAGACGGAGAACCUCCGCCGGAGCAGGAAGCCGCUGCUGGGACCGCCGCACAGACAGAGGAGGGUGGGAGACAGCAGCAGCAGCAGCAGCAGUGGAGACCCUCCAUGAUGUAGAGCCGGUACCGUGCGCCUCUUCCACCCCUCGACAGCAGCACAUGUCCGGGCUGCGGCGGUGAGGCGGAGCGCGGCGGGCCGUCGUUGUUUCGGUGAAGAUGAAGGAGCUGAAGGAGCUGAAGGGCUGCGGUAUGCGCUCCGCGGUGGGCUUUCUGUCCCGCAGGGAGCUCAGCGGCCAGCCGCUCAUGAAGGAGGACUUCCAGAGGCGGCGGCUGGCGGGCUGCACCAGCCUCUACAAGAAGGACAUGCUCGGGCAUUUCGGCUGCGUCAACGCCAUCGAGUUCUCCAACAACGGCGGGGAAUGGCUGGUGUCUGGAGGAGACGACCGGCGCGUGCUGCUGUGGCACAUGGAGAAAGCCAUCCACGCCCGAUCCAAGCCGGUGAAGUUGAAGGGCGAGCACCUCUCCAACAUCUUCUGCCUGGCCUUCGACAGCACCAACAAGAAGGUCUUCUCUGGAGGGAAUGACGAGCAGGUGUUUCUUCACGAUGUGGAGAGGAGGGAAACCCUCAACGUGUUCCUGCACAUUGAUGCCGUGUACAGUCUGUCCGUCAGCCCCGUGAAUGACAACGUGUUCGCCAGCUCGUCGGACGACGGCCGCGUCCUCAUCUGGGACACGCGCGAGCCGCCGCACGGAGAGCCGUUCUGUCUGGCCAGUUACCCCUCGGCCUUCCACAGCGUCAUGUUCAACCCCGUGGAGCCGCGGCUGCUCGCCACCGCCAACUCCAAGGAGGGCGUCGGGCUGUGGGACAUCCGGAAGCCGCGCAGCUCGCUGCUGCGUUACGGAGGCAGCAUGUCCCUGCAGAGCGCCAUGAGCGUCCGCUUCAACAGCACCGGCACGCAGCUGCUGGCGCUGCGGCGCCGCCUGCCGCCCGUCCUCUACGAGCUGCACUCCCGCCUGCCCAGCUUCCAGUUCGACAACCAGGGCUACUUCAACUCCUGCACCAUGAAGAGCUGCUGCUUCGCCGGGGACAAAGACCAGUACAUCUUGUCUGGCUCGGACGACUUCAAUCUCUACAUGUGGAAAAUCCCCAAGGAUCCAGAAGCGGGAGGCCCUGGCCGUGUUGUGAACGGUGCGUUCAUGGUCCUGAAGGGUCACCGCUCCAUCGUGAACCAGGUCCGCUUCAACCCGCACACCUACAUGAUCUGCUCCUCCGGGGUGGAGAAGGUCAUCAAGGUGUGGAGCCCCUACCAGCAGCCCGACAGCCUGGGGGACCUGGAGGGCCGAGUGGAGGACAGGUCCCGCAGCCUCUACACCCACGAGGAGUACAUCAGCCUGGUGCUGAACAGCGGCAGCGGCUUGUCCCACGACUACGUCAGCCAGUCCAUCCAGGAGGACCCCCGCAUGAUGGCCUUCUUCGACUCGCUGGUGCGGCGGGAGAUCGAGGGCUGGAGCUCGGACUCGGACAGCGACCUGAGCGAGGAGGCCAUCAUGCAGCUGCACGCCCGAGGCCGCCGCUCCACCCGGGCCACGCCGGCGCCGCCCGCCGCCGCCGCCCUGGCCGCCGGGCCCCACAGCGACUCCGAUAACUCGUCGUCCUCCUCGCUGGCCGGACCCGACGGCUCCGGAGGGGAGGAGGCGGCCGGGGAGGAGGGGGAGGAGCGUCCCCGGAGACGGAGGCACCAGCCGGGUCAGUCCGGCUUCCUGGUCAACGAGGACUCGGACUCCAGCGAGUUCUGGCUGGACCCGAUGCCCCGGCCGCGCUCGCCCAGCCCGCGGGACAACUCCACGCUGUCCAGCCCCACCUCGUCGCCCUCGCUGCCCGCCGGCGCCUCCAGCUCGUCCACGUCCACGUCCAGCUCCAGCAGCGACGACGAGGAGCGGCGCAGCGCCGUGCGGCGGCGCAACGUCAUGAGGCGGCGCCGCAUGCACGUGGUGUCCCGCGCCGGGGAGCGGCCCGAGUCCGUGCAGGCCCUGUUCUCCGCCAUCGACUCCUGCAGCUACCCCUCCAUCUCCAUCGAGGACCUGUCGUCGUCCUCGUCCGCCGGGGGGCGGAGCUCCCCGCGGGCGCGGCCGGACGACAAAUGUCUGAGCCCCUCCGACUUCGUGUGUCUGAGCCCGGUGAUGUCGCCCGAGUGCGCCGACCGCGAGGAGCGGGGCGCCAGGACUGAGGCGGAGGCGCGUCCCGCCGCCGAGCCCGGCGCCGACAGCUCCGACGGCGCGGAGGGCGGGAACUCCCGCCGCAGCCCCGGGGUGAACGGGCGCCGCCGGACCGGGGGACACUCGUGCGAGAACCCCCCCGCGUCCUCCGAGUCCGAGGAGGACGCCCAGCGGGAGAAGGGCCCGGCGCAGAGCGCCCUCAAACGCACUCACACCGAGUCCGACGAGAGAGGGUCCGGCUCCUCGCCGUCAGAAAAGAAGCUGAAGACAUAGAGACAGACUUCAGUCCGGAAGGGGGUUUUCUAAUCUCUGGGUUUCUACUCUGCUUUUUCCAGUUCGUCACGUGACACAUGAACUCACACUUCACGAGCAGGGGACGGCGAGUAUCUUAAAAAAACAAACAAAAAAAAAAAAAAAAGACAAAACGGUGGAAGUGAUUUCUGUUCCAGAACAAAAGAGUGUCGCGAAGGUCAAACCACAGACGACACUAAAAUAAGAAACUGAAGUGAGAAAUAGUCGUUUUCAGUGACGUGCGUUUCGUUUCAUGCUGCGUCAGUGUUUCUCCUGCUUCAGACAAAAGAUGUGGAGCUCCUCCGACCAGAACUGUUUAAAAAAAAGAAAAAAAAGAAGUCCGAUGUAGGACAAAAGCUUUGCAGCAUUUUAAUUUCUACAGUGAGUGUGAAUCUCGGACUGCUUCAGGAGCGGCGGCGUUGCUUUCAGUGUCUCCUGUCUCAUCGUCCACCCAGCAGACGGCUCGCUUCUGUUUUCCUGCAAUUAAAGAAUAAUUUGCUCUCCG